AUGGAAGAUUGCAAGAGUGUGAGUACUCCAAUGAAGCAAAAGGAAAAGCUGCAAAAUGACAAUGGAGUUGAACUAGUUGAUAAAGGAGUGUAUAAAAUUUUAAUUGGAUGCAUGAUGUAUCUCACAACAAUAAGGCUUGACAUCUUAUUUCCUGUGACUGUUUUAUCUACAUUUCUGAAUUGUGUUACUGAGUUACAUAUAAUGGCUGGAAAAAGAGUGAGCUCAAAGAAACAAGAAACAGUGGAACAAUCGACUGUUGAAGAAGAGGUUUUGGCAUCAAUAUAUUCUGUUAAUCAAGCACUAUGUCUGAGAAAAGUUAUGAUGGGAUCUAUAGAUGAAGCAAGAAGAAAGCACUGA